AUGUCAAGAAGAAGAAGAACAAUUUCUAUUUCUUCCAUUAUUGGACCAAGAAUAGCUUACUACAAUCAUUGGCUAUUAAAACGUACUUCAAAAUCGAAAUCGAAAUCUCCACUUGUUAAAGUUAAUCAACCCUCUUGUUUCUUAUUUGUUCUGUUUCGUUCUUUCUCUAACACCACCAAAAACCCUACUUCUCCUCCUCAAGUAGGCGAACCUAAACAUGAAGCCUUACCCAAACAACCAUGCAAUUUGGGUCCCAAUCAUCUUCAUUCUGCUUUAAUUUCCUUCAAUCGAAUGCUCCGGAUGCGACCUUUGCCCCCAAUUUCUCAAUUCAACAAAGCUUUAGGCUCUAUUUUGAAAAUGGGUCAUUACGCCACUGCUCUUUCUCUGAUUCAUAACAAGUUGCAACAGCACCAAGGCAUUCAGGUCAAUUUCUACACCUUCAACAUUGCUAUUAACUGUUACUGCCACCUUAAUCGAGUCGAUUUUGGGUUGUCUCUUUUGGGCACCCUCUUCAAACGCGGUUAUACACCUGAUGUAACUACCAUCAACGCUCUGAUUAAUGGACUUAUUUUGCAAGAUAAAACUCCUCAAGCUGUGGAGUUAUUUAAGAAAUUAAUGAGAACUAGAGAAAUUGAACCCAACGUGGUUAUGUAUGGAGCCAUUGUCAAUGGGCUCUGCAGAAUGGGCAACACUAUCAGGGGUGUUAGUUUGCUGAGGAUAAUGGAAGAGGGAAGUUGUAAACCUAACACCGUAGUGUACACCACGAUCAUUGACAGUCUUUGCAAGGAUAGAAUGGUGGAUGAUGCUCUCAAACUCUUUUCUACAAAGGAUGAAAAGGGUAUUUUCCCAAGUGUUGUCACUUAUACUUCUUUGAUUCAUGGCCUAUGUAAUUUUGGCCGGUGGAAGGAGGCUACUGGAAUGUUCAGAGAAAUGUUGGAUAGUGGUAUUGCUCCAAAUGUUCAUACGUAUAAUGUGUUGCUGGAUGCAUGUACCAAGGAAGGGAAGAUGAAAGAGGCAGAGGGGGUAAUUGAAGCCAUGAUACAAAGAGGUGUGGAUCCUGAUGUAGUCACAUACAAUACUCUAAUGGAUGGAUAUUGUUUGCAAGGCCAAAUGGAUGAAGCAAUUAGAGUGUUCAAUACCAUGGUGGAUAGGGGCCUUCACCCCAAUGUUUUUAGCUAUAACAUUCUAAUCAAUGGAUAUUGCAAGAAAAUGAAAAUAGAUGAGGCCAAGCAUCUCUUUCGAGAAUUGCCUCAAAGGGGUUUGAAACCCGACAAUGCAACUUUUAGUGCUAUGUUACGGGGUUUGUUUCAAAUAGGUAGAUGUGGAGUUGCUUAA